AUCCUUUUUGGUUUUAUCCUAGUAAUUCUGGUUACCCCAAUGUGACAGAUAAAAUCUCUAGAGUUUGUGUUUGUGGAGCAAUGAGAGGCUGUCAAUGAAAUAACAAUUGGAGUUUAGGUGACAAUUAGACGUUUAGAAUGGGUGAUUUUUUAGCAAUUAAUAACGCAUGUGGCCAAAAUUUAUUACGCCUCGUGUCGAGGGGUAAUGCUAUCAUCGCUGAAUUGAUGAGACUGAAAGAAUACGUUCCUCCCAUUUUCAGAUUGGCAUCCAGAGCUCACGCUAAUAAAUAUGGAUCAAUUAUCAUGGAUUUUGCUUACUUCAAAGCAGCAAACGUCCACGAGCAGAGGAUCGAGAACGAUUCGACUCUCCAAGAGCUCGACGAACACCUCAGGGAGAAUUACUCUGACGUUCUCACACGAUUCUACCUAGCCUUCGAGAGUAUUCAUAAAUAUGUUACAGAUUUGAAUACUUACCUCGACGAAUUGGAGGAUGGGACCUAUAUUCAACAGUCGAUGGAGAGCGUUCUCCUAAAUGACGAAGGAAAACAGCUGAUGUGCGAGUCGGUGUACCUCUAUGGGGUGAUGCUGCUGUUGGUGGACCACCAGUUCGAGGGUCACAUUCGUGAGAAACUUCUGGUUUCAUACUACCGCUACCACGUGCAGCGUUCAUCAUCCACAGGAGUGGAUGACGUCUGCAUGUUAUUGCGUUCAACCGGUUUCACGAAGUCUUCCCUGAAGCGUCCCUCCAACUAUCCAGAGGACUACUUCAAACGAGUUCCCAUCCGCACCUCGUUCAUCGACCUGUUGCUAGGUCGCCUGCGUUCCGACGACUUGUACAGUCAGACCCUCGCAUUCCCCAGUCCCGAGCACAGGAGCAUAGCCUCGUCGAAUCAAGCCUCGAUGUUGGUGAUAAUCCUUCUCUUCCAGCCGUCAGUCCUGCACUCGGGCUCGGCAAUAAUGCGAGAAAUCGUGGACCAUUUUUUCCCGGACAACUGGGUCAUCAGUAUCAACAUGGGGAUCGUAAUAAACUUGUGCGACUGGUGGCUGCCGUACAAGGCAGCUCGAGCGGCUCUGAACAACACCCUGGAGACAUCGAACCUCAAGACUCUCUCCCAAAGUUACGGGAGAAGAAUGAAAAAAGCGAUCGCCGAGACCGAGAAGCUCCAGCUGGCAGUCUCCGUCGAGGAGAACGAGAUAGAAUCCGUAGUGAAGCUGAUCCGAGAGGCCAACGUGUCUCUCCACUGGCUGCUGCUUCACACCACAACGCCCACGCUGCUCCUAGAAGAGUCCAAAAGAGCCAGAACUCUCAGGCAACAGGUGAUCAACGAGAGCAAGUAUACGCCUGAAGAGGCUUUGCGACUUCUGCUGAGUGCAGCCCAAAUAGAGCAGGACUUGAAACAGAUGUACAAGCAACUCCUCCAAGACAAGGAGUCCAAGUGGCUGGAGAACAAGCUGUCCUGCGUGGAGAAGAUAAAGGAUCUGGGGGAGGUGUUCGGUGGUAAACGACGUCUGGAGGGAAUCGAGACGAACGACUGCUUGGAGAAGUGGUUCAGGGAGAUAAGUGGGCACGUGAACUCCCUGGAGCAAGAGGACCUCCGGAAGAUAGCUCAGCUGCUGCAGGCCCUUGAGGAAGUACAGGAGUUUCACCAGCUGGAGAAUAAUCUUCAGGUCUCGCAGUACCUCACGUCCACCAGGGAGUUUCUCCACAGCAUGAUCAGGACUGGAAGCAUCACUGAAGACAAUCUCAUCGCUCUCAACAUUAUGACUGACUGCUGUUACGCAUGGAACAUUAUGGAGAGCUUUGUAGAGAUCAUGCAGUUGAGCAUUAAGAAAAAUCCUCCAACGGUGAUUAAGCUCAAGGCGUUGUUUUUGAAGAUGGCGUCUGCCCUGGAGACACCGCUGCUUCGAGUUAAUCAAGCGAGAAGUGCCGAUCUGGCGUCUGUUUCCCAGUAUUACAGCAGAGAGCUGGAGAGCUACGCCAGGAGGGUUCUCCAGAUUAUUCCGGAGACUGUGUUUGGCCUGCUGGCGCAGAUUGUCCACCUGGAAACGAACAUCUUCAAGGAGAUCCCGACGAAACUUUAUAAAGAUAAGCUGAAGGAGUACGCCCAGCUCGAGGAGAGGCUGCAAAUGGCAAAGCUGACGUAUGCGGUCUCGGUAUUCACCAAUGGUGUCUUGUCCCUCAGGAGUGUUUCCCUGGGGGUUCUUCGUGUCGACUCCCAUCGACUGCUGGAGGACGGCAUUCGUCAGGAGUUGAUAAAAAAAGUCACUCUGGCACUUCACAACGGUCUCACCUUUGAUCAGAAAAACAAGAACUCCCUCGUGGCUAAACUUAAUGACUUGGCCAACGUCAUGGAGGGCUACAGAAAAUCCUUUCAGUACAUCCAGGACUACAUUAACAUCAACAGCCUCAAGAUCUGGCAUGAAGAGAUCACUUACAUCAUUCAUGUAGCUCUGGAGGACGAGUGCAAGGACUCUAGGUGGACACCUGGCAGGAGCUGGAAACUUUUGCAUCAUGAUGAUAAAACUGAUAACUCCAGUGGUGAAGGAAAUGGCUCUGGGUCAUUUAUGGGGAGACUCGCCAAAGAGCUCAUCAGGAUAACAGAUCCCAAGACAACGGUUUACGUCGAGCAUAGUCUCGCCUGGUACGAGCUGAAGACGCAGCUAGAGGUUCUGGAUCACAGGGUCUUCUCCAUGAUCCUAAAGGCCAUUGGGACCCCUGGACUCUUUGGGCUCGACAAGCUCUUAGCUUACUACACUUACGUGGAGCUGGGAAAUCUCUACAAGAUCGUGGGCACCCUCAGGAGGGACAAGACCUGGGGGAAUGUCAUGGAGGAGGUCAGGGGAAUCGUCAGUAAUUCUGAAUUAUGGAGGAGUAAUCCUGGGAGGAUUUACUCCGUUGGAGCUGGCAAUGGUAGCAGGGCCAUGUCACAGAUUGUCGAGGGCCUUCUGAAGAUCGGACAUUUUCAACUCCUCAGGAGCAAAAUCGCUUAUGAAUUGAAUACUGCCUGCAAGUUUGAGGCGAAACACAUGGAAGCUGCUCUCAGGACUCUCAAUGCAGCUCUGCUUCUUGAAUUGAGGAGGAAGGGCGAUGAGGAGGUCACCAGGGCCGAGGAGAACAAACUCAUCAGCGAGCUCAGUGUCAGGCUCGACUGGGCUGGUAUCAGCGAUCAUCUCAAUAAGACUUACAUGAAUUUCCCGGAGGGAUUGGAAAUCGAUCUCAUCGCAUUUCUCGUCACUGUUUGCUAUCUGCAUAAAUUGUACUACUGUAAAAAUACAGCGAGUUUACUCAGCAAAAAAAUUCAAGACCCUGUGGAUGCUGUUGUUUUUACCAUUGGGGCUCACACUUUGUUGAGGCAAUUUGGCGAGGAAGUUAUGGAGAACUAUGUUGCCCUUUUGUGUAAAUAUGUCAUGGCGUUCGUCGCGACUGAAGGGGGAAAAGUUGGGAGUGAAUGGGAGGCUGAGGGGACCACGAUCUUCCAAUAUAUUCAGUUGCUCGCGAAAUACGCGAAUCUUCCGAAAUCCAAGAUUCUCGAUCACAUUCCAGUGAUGAUAAUCGAUCAUUAUAAGAAAGUCAAAUGAUUUGUAAAUAAUUGAAAUAAAAUUUUAUGAUUACAUGUUAA